AUGUUGCUCAAACCUGGAAAACCACCUGAACAAGUCUCCUCCUAUCGACCGAUAGCGCUUCUACCAUGCAUGUCAAAACUAUUUGGAAAACUUCUUCUUAAGUAUCUCAACCCAAUUAUUGAAGCAAAGCAACUUAUACCAGAUCACCAGUUUGGAUUUCGUAUAAAACACUCGUUUAUCGACCAACUUCAUCGUGUAACGAACGUGAUCAGUAAGGCGUUAGAAGAGAAAAAUUAUUGCUGUGGAGUAUUCCUAGAUGCAGCCCAAGUCUUUGACAAAUUUUGACACAAAGAUCUAUUGUUCAAACUACGUGAGCAGCUUCCGCACACAUGGUGCGCACUCCUCAAAUCAUAUCUGGCUAAAAGACAUUUGGACCUAUUUUGUACCUAUACUAUACAACUGAUAUUCCAACUAACGACAAUACAAUGAUAGCUAUGUUCGCCGACGAUACGGCAAUACUAUCUACAAAGAAGGACCAACAAGCUGCGACUAAGAUCCUACAAACGACAAUCAACACCGUUUACAACUGGACGAAACGAUGGAAAAUAAAAAUUAAUAGAGAUAAGUCGGUGCACGUUAACCAUACCUUAUGUAAAACCACAUACAUCCCAAUCACGCUAAAUCAUCAGAUAAUUCCGCGAAAUAUCUGGGAAUGCAUCUUGACUCAUGACUUAGCUGGAAACAUCAUGUACGCCAGAAAAAAUUGCAAAUCAAACAAAAAAUGCACAAACUGUACUGGCUAGUUGGACAACACUCCGAGCUAAACUUAAGCAACAAACGUCUCUUGUAUGUAUCGAUUGUUAAAUGACUAGAGAUAGAGCUCGAAAAAGACUAGAGCUUCACACAAAUACAGCUGCCAUACAACUCCUCGACAACUCGCCAGACAUCAGACGACUCAAAUGA